AUGGAUGUGGAUUUCGAAGAGAUAUUGUCCAAGUGUGGAAACAGUCAUCGCUACCAAUAUAUGCUAUUGGCACUCUACGGCUACAUAGUGUUUAUCUUUUCGAGGCAUAUCUUCGCCCAGAAUGUGAUUGGUUUCAUACCCGAUCACUGGUGCUAUCACGAAGAGCUGGAGAAUAGUACAUUUGAGGAAAUCAAAGCCAUGUACUCGCAAUUCGAGAGUCCUUCGUGUACACGGCUCGAUGCCAUCGAUCUAGUUAGCGGCAAUGUGACAAUAAGUGAUAAGAAAUGUGAUCGCUGGAUAUAUGACUACGAUUUCGAUUUCGUUAGCAUUAAUGCCGAGUUCAAUUGGGUGUGUGACGAAGCUCUCAAGGGAAGAGUGGGACAGAGUCUCUUCUUUGUGGGUUCCAUGUUUGGGACAUUUUUCUUUGGGUUAUUGGGCGACCGAAUUGGACGUAUUAGGCCACUUAUUUUGGUGUACUCGUGUGGCUUCUUGGGUGAUUUCGCGACAAUAUUUGCCAAGGAUCUGACUACAUACUCAAUAAGUCGUUUUGUUUCCGGCUUAGCGGCCGGAAGUGGCUACUUAAUGUUUAUACUCGUUCUGGAAUAUAUCUCGUCAUCGCUACGCAAUAAAACACUCACCAUUAUACAAAGCUUAUGUUACUCCCUAGGAUUGAUAAGUGCAUGCUUGCAAGCUAUUUAUACGGGCCACUGGCGCAUUUGCAUGGCCUGGUCGGCAUUCCCCCUUUUGCUGGUUACUCUAUUUUAUUUCCUGGUACAGGAAAGUGCUCAGUGGCUUAUUACCCGCAACGAUAUCGAUGGAGCAGUCAUGAGACUGCAGAGAGUGGCCGAAUUCAAUAGACGUCAAGUCAGUGAAGAGGACUUCGAGAGUUUCCGUCGACAUUGUGUGGGGUUCAGUAAAGAAUUCAGAGAAAAGCAGACAACACUCGUAGAUGCUCUUCAUAUACCACGUCUCCGAAAAACCAUUAUAAAAGUUGUGAUUUUUCUAACGACAACCACAGUUUGCAACAUCGCCCUGUACCGCAAUGUGGAGGGUGUCGGAAUCUCGCCUUUCAUUAUGUUAUCUCUAAAUGCGUUAACUAUGCCACCCUCCGGGUUUAUUCAGGCUCAGCUUCAGAAACGAUUCGGUCCAAAAUUCACACUUUUCAGUGCUUUACUUGCAAUAGGAAUAUUUACCGCUGUCCAUGGAAUAUUCUUAUCGAUCUGGAAGCAACCAAGUAUCACUUUGUUGGUUAUUAUGGUAAUGGCCUUUAACUUUGGCGUAUCAGUCGUCGCUCGUGCCAAUAUGCAGUUCUGUGCUGAGCUUAUACCCACCUGUGUACGGUCACAGGUGAUAUCAUUUGCUAGUGUCAGUGGAGCAGCAGCAUCUAGCUUAACGCCCUACAUACUACACUUAGAGAUCUACCUAAGAGCGGCUCCAUCGAUUUUUCUUUGCCUAUUAACACUUUUCAGUGCUUGGAUCUGUUUGCUUUUACCGGAAACAUUCAAGAAGAAGCUUCCCAUAUCGCUGGCCGAUGGAGAGGAAUUUGGAGUAGGAGAGCGCAUGUUUUCAUUUUUAAAGGGAAACAAAAAGGACGCCAGGGACGGUAGAAGUGCUGAGACACAGGAGAAUCUGAUGCCCAAAUAA